AUUUUGAAUCGAAGAGGAACUAGACAUUGAAAAGAUUGUAGCACUUGGUGAAUAAAUAUCAAAAUGUGUAUAUAUUACCUAAAGAAUUUUGAAAAUAGCAAAUUUUUUAAAAAACUAUUUAUAAAUAAUUAUUAAAACAAUAAAAUUAACAAGUAAUUUAUAUAAAAUUGAAUUAUGCACAAUUUAAACAAUAUUUGAAUAUGUUAAUAAAUCUACUAAAUCUAAUAAAUAAAAUGAAGUUUACGAUUUCGAAAGAAAAAACUUAGCAGAAAGGUGUCAAGAUAGUUAAAAAGUCUGCAAUUAUCGGUUAAUUAAAAAUUAAAAUUUUGGAGCACUUUGCAAAUUUUUUCUAUAUAUACACCCAAAAGAGCCCCCGGAGCGUCGUUCGUGUACUGCGAAAGUUAUGUUGUACUUUUACUAAUUUUUGAACGCAAACCGAUUUGCCAAUUUAUCAGCAUAGUGAAAUUGCAAAAUGUAUUGAAUGUACAAAGUGUAAUUGUUAAUAUUAAAAUAUGUAAAAUAUGAAGGAAAAUCCUCCGAUAUCCUUACCAUAUAUUUUUCAGAACUUAUUACUCACAAGUUCGGUUUUUUUGGAUUGACACAAAUGAGAAAGAGAAGGCCAGCAGCGCAGUGGCCGUUGAUUUUAAAAAGAGAAUAAUUGGAGUAUAGGUAUUGAAUUCGCCUCAAAUAUACCAAGUGCAUUUUAUUUGUAUGACCCCUUCGACCCGUUCUCCUAGUGCUCAAUAAACAAGCAUACAAACACGAAAGAAAAUAAGCUGCUCUACUUCAUAAUACAAAAAUUUUUGGUAAUUUUAUUCCAAUGUUACUGGAUACGCGUUUACCAUUUAGUUCCCUCGUUCCGUUUGUUGUUUCGUUUUGUCUUAUGCGGUUCGUUUCAACGCUCGGAGCGCUGAUUAUACAAUUUAAAUAAAACAAUAAACCAAUAUGAAUACUACGAAACAGAAUUCGCAUUCGACGACGUUGACACACAUGAAGGCGACAAUAAUUUAUUUAUCGCCUUUUCUGCAGUCAUGUCAACAUGUUCCUGGUAUAAAUGCAAAUGUGUCUCCAAUUGGUAGCGGCACUGGUGCUGGAACGCGUGUUAACGAAGGUGGUAGCAUGUGUCAGUCUCGGGAGCAAAAAAAUUAUGAAAAAUUUGUUAUGUCAAUGAAAAAAGAACCGGCAGCUAUUUUUCCAACAAUUCAAACAUCAUCAACAACAGUAACAGCAACAACAACAACAGCAACAGCAACAGCAACAACGACAGUGAAAUCAAAUGUAGAAGGGUUAAGGCAGCAAGAUAUGAGAAACAGAAGUUCUAGGAACAAGGAGAGUAGAGAACGUCGCAAGCAUUUCUAUACAAAUUCUGUGUUAGUAUCAGCACCGCCUGCACAAACACAUAAGAAAAGUGUAGUUAAAAUGGAUACCUCUUCGACAACAACAAAUAAUCCAGUAAAGAAACCACCAGCAUUUUCGUUAUCGGAAUCAAUACAAAACGAUAAGAUGAAUGAAAACGAUGAUAUAAAUGUUAAAACAAACUUUCAAUUAGUUGAUAAAUUAAAUUUAAGGAACACACAUUUAGUAGUUAUGCCAAUCUGUGAAAGUAGUUUAGAAAAUACGGCUGCCACAACAAUGAGUGGUAUAUCGCCAAACGCAAUGGAAAUAGCCAAAAAUACUAAAAUUAAUUCGCAAACAACGACGCUUGAAUGUAGGUGCUUUAAUGAAAACAGUGAUAUUAUCGACGAGGUUAAUGUACAUCAAUGUAGUAGAGUUAAAUUUCAUCAGCUUCCUAGACGAACGUUUCAACUAAUUUGGCAACAAAUAUUAUUAAGGAAAAGACUAACAAAUGCAAUAGUAACAGCAAAAACGUUAUACGUUAUGAUACUGUUAUUACUGAUAUCGUCGGCCAGCUGCUGGUCAGGGCGUCAAGAUGCUUUGUCGAAUUGUACAUUUCCUGCACGUUGGGAAGGAUCUUGGUUCCUAUCGGGCUACCAACAACCUAUACACAUUAAAGGAUCACAAUUCAGUUAUCGGGGUAAAUGUGCGGCAUCCGAGGGUAACAAAUAUUUAAUAGUAGAUGAGAAAGGAUGUCAUCGGUGCCUGGUUAUCUAUGAGAAGCAUAAAAAUGUGCUCCAGUAUAAAGAAAGUGAGUGCGAAGGUGAUAGUAUGUAUAUGCAUCAAUCGAACCCAUCCGCAAUGGCGAUGCGUAGCACUUUAGCAAAGAAACAAACAAGUGAUCAUAUGGGGGGAGCUCAUCCCAAUACGAAUUCAAGACUAUCAUCAUCGGAUCAAUACUUGAGAUCCAAUGACGAUAUGAAUGAUUGUUUCUGCAAAGGACGUGAAACUUUACAAAAUCUCUGUGAUCAAAUUCCUGGUGAUGCACUUUUGUAUUCACUCUUUCGUGAAAGUGCGGAACCUGUAAAAUGCCCAUUAAAAGGACCAUUUGUCUUUACAUAUAAUCGUGGCCACGGCGAGUGCAAAAGUCCUGUUUCAAAUAUAGAAAGCUGUACGGAAGAUAGCCGCUUGUUGCUCAGUUUUCAAGCUUGUCCUGAUGUGCAAGGCACUGAAAGUACAGUUGAAGAGCUUACAUGCCUAGCAACUUGGAAGGAUGGUAAUUCACGUUAUCUUGUUGGCCUAGUGUCACAUCAUCAUGCCAUAUCCAAUGAGGAGCGUUAUCGCUGUUUCGUUUAUGAAAAAAUCUCUUCUUUGAUGGGCGGCCCAAGUAUGAUGAGUUCAAAGGAUGCUGAAUAUAAACUGGCACAAUCUGGCGACGCAACAUGCAACGGACUUGACAGUGCCGAGGUUGGUUCCCGUAUCAUGUCGUUGCGCAAACCGCCAUUGGCUGAACGGUGUGACUUUCCGGUUUGGUUUAAGGGACCACGUCAUUGGCAUGCCUUGAUGGGCAACGCUGUCUAUAAUUAUCAUUCCAAUGAUGGCUCUGUGCACAUCAUUAAGCCAAAUGGUUACAUGGAAACGAGAGCUUUAUGCGAACAAAUCAACAAACAGACUUCAACCGAAAUGAUGGCUGUGGUUCAUUACACUACUGGCUGUCAAUCUGGAUUUAUGUGCAUGAUGUUUUAUCGACGAGAUACUCAUGUUAUUGAAAUUCAAACUGGAAAACAAGCAUCUAGACUGGAAGAUGCAUGCGCACCUGAUCACUUUGACUUUAACAAAAUGCCGUAUAUAACUUUAUUGGCAAGCAAUCCAGAUCCUCAAAUAUGCCCAAUGGAAGGCUUGUAUUACUUACGGGGUGCCAUUGGUCCACCUUAUUUAACCACCCGUCAUAAGCGAAAUCAUAAUAAUAAAGCUCAUGGUGGACAUACUCAUCGCCAUAUAAGUCAACUAGAAAAUGGCAAUUUACAUAAAAGACACAGUACAUUAAGUUUUCGUAAUUCGGAAAAAAAUGAAAAAGGUUCUUGGCAUGCCAAUACUCGUGGAGUGCCCGUACGUAAUAGGCGCGCAGCGGUAACCACGAUUUCACCUACACAAGCUUUUAAUGAAUUUAAUGUACAUGAUAUAAAUGAAGAUCUACCAUUGAAUAUUGACAAAGAUAGAAAUAGAACAACGAUAAACUCUAUUUCAACGGAGUUAUCAAUAAAACAAAGGAAUAGACGUGAUGUUCCUGGUUGUGUUACAAAUGUUAAAUCUCAACGGCAAUUAUGGGUGGGAUGUACAGAACCAAAUGUAAUAGAUGUACGCCCGCUAUGCAGUGAUGAUGGCGAUGAAGAAUAUUCUUGUCACGGGUCGUGGUCGGAAAAUAGUACCGUUUACAUUAUAGCAAGACAUAAAGGUACUAAACACGGUGUGUGUAUUAGCUACAGACCUACUGAGGGCACAUCCGCCAAAUUUGUUAUUGGUGAUGCUUGCUAUCGUGGCACGCAAAAACCACCUGAUCAUCAUUUAGUUGCAAAUCUAUCAGUACUAGGUAAAUGUGGCGAAACUGGAUCAAGUUCCACCAAAGUCUGUAUAAAUAUGUAUUUAACAACUAUUGCUAUCUUCCAUUGCUUGUGUGCGUUGCUACAAACAGGAAUUUUCACAUUAAAUCAUAGAUGACUUCAGCACAAUUAAUGAAUAAAACUUUUUAUAUAUUAGAAAAGAAUUAAAGGGUCUUUAGCGCCGAAUACAUUGAUUAAAAUGCACAAUAUAAUAAAUAUUUUUUUCCAAUUAAACUAAAACGACAAUUUUUAAAAAUGUUAGUGAAAUAAAUUUGA